GCUGGGGCUGAUGGCCGAGAAGGUGAGGGCUGUGGUACUGUGGGAUUGCUGCUGGAACAUUCAUUUGAGAUUGGUGACAGAGCCAACUUCCAGAAGCGUGGCUCAUUGCUCUGGAACCAGCAGGAUGGAACCUUGUCUGCAACACAACGGCAGCUCAGUGAGGAGGAGCGGGGCCGGCUCCGGGAUGUGGCUGCUGUCAAUGGCCUUUACAGAGUCCGGGUUCCAAGGCGGCCUGGGGUACUUGAUGGUUCAGAAGCUGGUGGCUACGUGUCUUCCUUUGUCCCAGCGUGCUCCCUGGUGGAGUCCCACCUCUCAGACCAACUGACCUUGCAUGUGGAUGUGGCUGGCAACGUGGUGGGACUGUCAGUGGUCGCGUACCCCGGGGGCUGCCGGGGCUCUGAGGUGGAAGACGAGGACCUGGAGCUCUUCAAUACAUCUGUGCAGCUGCGGCCUCCAGGCACCGCCCCAGGCCCUGAGACUGCAGCCUUCAUUGAGCGCCUAGAGAUGGAGCAGGCCCAGAAGGCCAAGAACCCUCAGGAGCAGAAGUCCUUCUUUGCUAAAUAUUGGCACCUCAUCCUAGGGGGGGCCGUGUUGCUCACAGCCCUGCGUCCUGCUGCCCCAGGGCCUGCGCCAGCGCCAACGGAGGCCUAAUGGAUGUACAUCAUUCCAGUUGUGCUGUUCCUCAUGAUGUCAGGAGCUCCAGACGCCGGGGGCCAGGGCGGUGGUGGGGGUGGGGGCAGCGGCCGGUGAGCAGCUGUGCCACCUAGAGUCCUCCAGAGCUUGCUGUCCUUGGGCAGCCCAAGAAGGAGUUCCUGUUCCUCCAUCUCCCUAUUGCAUGAACAUAGAAGGCUGUCCCUUCCCAGGAGCCUGCUGGCCUUCUCUCCCUGAGCCUCUCUGCUUCUGUUGACUGAGAGCUAGGGUACAUCUCCCUGUAGCCACCUCAGACCCACUGGCUUCCCUGGGCACUGUGCAACUGUGCUCUGCCAUGUGGCACUGUGUCCCUUUGCUACAGAACCACUAACUCCACCCCACCCCACUCCAUCAUGCAGUUUGGGAACAUGCCAAGCUCUCUCCAGCCUCUGUGCCUUUGUCCUCCAUGCCCCCCUCACUAUCACACUUAGUCUCCUUGCCAAGGAUAUGUGGCAAGGAGGCCUCUGCUGCUGGUGGCUGGAUCAGCCUGCCCAGCGUGUGGAAGCGUCCAGCCCACUUUCCGUGUGGUAUGCUGUGCUCUUUGACCCCGCCCCCCCUUCCUGGUGCCCCAGGACACCAUGGUGACUUCCACCCCCAUCUUUUCUGUCUCCAGAUGUCCCACUCUGGGUACGGUACCAGGAGAGAAUUGUGGGUCUGGCCGUUAGUCUGUCUUUUGUGAAUGUACACUCUAGCAAUUUGUGUGCAUGUUUUGAGCCAGGUUUGAGCUAGCUGCUCGACAGCUGUUGUGCACUUACUUGCACAUCUAUAGCCAUGGCCACGGAGAUUGCUGCAUAGCCUCAGCUGUGUUGUGUGGCUGUUGAUUAAACUGUUCCCUAAGCAGCCACCAUUCA